GGACGGGAUCUUUGCCGGAGGCACAAUAACACACGCUGCCGGGAGCAUGAUGAGAGGCGCGGUGACCCUGCUGCUGGGGGCGAUGCUCUUUGACCAGGUGCUGGGGGAGUAUGGGAUGGCACAUGUCAGCGACCAGGGGAAGAACAAGGGGAAGGAUUACUGCAUUCUCUUCAACUCCCAGUGGGCUCACCUACCUCAGGAUCUCGGCAAAGCAUCCCGGCUCCAGAUCCAUGACCUGACUGCAUCAGUUCUCUGCUCCCCCUCCGAGGUCCCUGCGGGCGGGUUCACGAACCGCAUUCCCAUGGUGCUGCGUGGAAACUGCACUUUCUACGAGAAAGUGAGGCUCGCGCAGAUCAAUGGCGCCAAGGGGCUACUCAUCGUGAGCAGAGAUAGACUGACCCCCCCUGCAGGAAACAGGAGUCAGUAUGAGGAGAUUGACAUCCCUGUUGCCCUGCUCAGCUACACAGACAUGUUGGACAUCAGCAAGACCUUCGGAAAGGGGAGAGAUGUAGCUAUGUAUGCGCCACAUGAGCCAGUUUUCGACUACAACAUGGUCAUCAUUUUCCUGAUGGCGGUGGGGACCGUGGCUGUCGGGGGAUACUGGGCUGGGAGCCGGGACGUCAAGAAGAGAUACAUGAAGCACAAGAGGGACGAUGGAGCAGAGACUCAGGACGAAGAAACAGUCGAUGUGACGCCCAUCAUGAUCUGCGUGUUUGUUGUCAUGUGCUGUUCCAUGCUGGUACUGCUGUACUUCUUUUACGAUCACCUCGUGUACAUGAUCAUCGGAAUAUUCUGCCUGGCGGCAUCUAUAGGACUCUACAGCUGCCUGUCUCCCUUUGUGCGAAGAAUCCCUUUUGGGAAGUGCAGAAUCCCAGAAAAUAACCUGCCUUACUGCCACAAGCGGCCACAGGUGCGAAUGCUGUUGCUGUCUGUGUUCUGCGUGACGGUCAGUGUCAUCUGGGGAGUCUUCCGAAAUGAGGAUCAAUGGGCUUGGGUGCUGCAGGACACGCUGGGAAUCGCAUUCUGCCUCUACAUGCUAAAGACAAUCAGGCUGCCCACUUUCAAGGCCUGCACGUUACUGCUUCUCGUCCUGUUUGUGUAUGAUGUUUUCUUUGUGUUUGUUACUCCAUUCCUUACAAAGAGUGGGGAGAGUGUCAUGGUAGAAGUGGCUGCUGGUCCCUCAGAUUCAUCCACCCAUGAAAAGCUCCCGAUGGUGCUAAAGGUCCCUCGUCUGAACUUUUCUCCGUUGGCCUUGUGUGAUCGUCCCUUCUCUCUGUUGGGUUUUGGGGACAUCCUGGUACCAGGCCUGCUGGUUGCCUAUUGUCACAGGUUUGACAUCCAGGUGCAGUCAUCGCAGGUCUACUUUGUCGCCUGUACAGUAGCAUAUGGAAUCGGCUUGCUCAUCACUUUCGUUGCUCUAGCCCUAAUGCAGAUGGGGCAGCCAGCCCUGCUAUACCUGGUGCCCUGCACUCUCCUCACCAGCCUUGGGGUGGCGCUGUGGCGCAGGGAGCUAGCCAUGUUCUGGACUGGUAGUGGCUUUGUGAAAGAGAUGCCCCAGCCCCCACUCGCCAUGACACCAAUCAACUGCAAACGGUCAUCCGACCCGCCUACCAAGGAACAGCUAGCCAGUCCUGCGCUGCAAGCUGCUGAAGAAGCCACCAAUCAGAGCGAAGAAAAGUCUCCCGGAGAGGCGAAGAACCAAUCAGAUUAGUGGAAGAUGAAUCAGGAUGCCCCCCUUUUUAAAUGUUAUUUUUGUUUUCUCUUUAUUUUUGUAUACAACUUUGGUUCAUGUAAAGAACUUGUCUGGGUGUGAGCAGUACCAUGGGAUGUAAUCAUGAGAACUCUGCACUUGUCUUAGAAAGAAGAGAGGGAGUUAUGGAAGGGCACCUAACUCAAUCACUGAAUUCACUCCAUUAAAAUUGUUAAUCUGUAAGCUAUUUCAGCUGGAAGGCUUGGGCAUUAACACUAAAUGUGUGUGUUGGAACACAGACACCAUUUCCAGCUUACUUUCCCAGUGGCAUGGAUAUUAAUAAACAUAAGGCACACUAGGAGCAUGGCGUAGGAAAUAAAUUGGUGUUUGGGUGGUGCUAAAUAGAAAUCUUGCUAGAACCAAAGGGGGUGUGAAUGGGUUUUAAAAUUGUUUACAUGGUUCAAUCGACAGAGAGGGUGGAAGGGAUUGACUUUGAGCUCAAUGAAGUAAUGUGCUAAUUUCCACGAAGCUUGGAUCAACAGUUGACAUGCCAGACUUCUGGCAAAGCAGAGGGACUUGGCACACAGUAAAUGAAUGCCCUCCAGAGAUGAGGUUCAGGUUUUCAGUCAGAACUACCCUUCGCUAAUGUUUCAGUGAUGACAUUGAGAGGGGGUUGCACAACACUAAGAAGCAUGUGGUGCUGGUGUAUAUAUUUACAUUCUGCUUGUAAACGAGUGCUUUCAUCAACAGCCAGGUGAUCCGUGGUUUCAUUGCAAUUGUAAUGGAAUAUGUUACCAUUUUCAGUUGUACAAAAGAAAAAGGAAUCUUUGUAGCAGAGGUUCUGGCUGCCAUCAUCAAAACUACCUGCACCAAUUGUAAACCAGCGUGCAGAGAAAUGUCCAGGCUCUUGGGAUUGAAUACAGCUAGCUCUGAAUGUCUAUACUACUGUGCAGUGUACAGAAUUCAGACAGAUUUAGAUUACAUAUUUGUUUGUUGUGCAGGCUAGGAGUUAGAGAUUUUGAGGUCAGCAACUGUUUUUUGUUAAUCCGUAGAGCAGAAUAGAUGGGAGGGUUCAUUCUGAAAUUGCCACACAUUUUCUGUGACAGCUGCUACUGCACUAUGCCUUCCAAGUGAACUAGCCUGUAGGCAACACAGACUAAGGCUGGGUUCUCCUUAACUAAGAUGCCAUUUACGAUACAAUUCAUGUAAUAAUGGAAACAGGUUUACCCCAAUACUGCCUUGACGUUAGUACAUGAAACUCACUUGCAAGUGUUCACUUAACACCAGUCUAAUGGGUAUCUGGUGUGAUGAAUCAGAAAUCCAGAAGCCUUGUCCUUGGAAUAAGAAGCUUGUCUUGUGUUAGGCGUGACCCUAGGGACAUGAGGCACUUUCUGGUACUGCUGCAGUUAUAAUUAAAACGGAGAGGGAGACGGCUGAGUUUUUAUACCUCAAACGAGGACAGAGUAAAAUAAACAAAUAAAUAAG